GGGCCGGGCUGCAGCUGGCUGUCAGCGGCUGGAGGCGCAGCCUCUCAGCAGAGCUGGGACCCAGGCAAAGGUGGAGCGGUGGCCGGGGGACACCUGAGUUCUCAGCAUGGCAGCCGCCGACCUGGACUUCGUGCAGGAGAUGCGCGCCGUGGGCCAGAGGCUGCUGCUCAAGCUGCAGGGGCUCCCCCAGGCUGAGCCCGUGGAGGUGGUGGCCUUCUCCAUCCUCCUCCUCUUUGCAGGCACAGUCCUUCUGUUCCUGCUGAUCGCCUGUAGCUGCUGCUGCUCGGGUUGCUGCUGCCCAGAGCCCAGGGCCAGGAAGGUCCAGGUGCGGCCCCUGACCCCAGCGUGACGACAGCGACGUAAACGAAGAGCAGGCAGGGCGGGGGCAGCCAGCCCCGAGCUGGGCCCUGAACCCCCGCACUUCAACACCCAUAUGGGGCCCAUUCCAUCAGACUCGCCCCUGCCAGGAAUCCGGGUAUUGAGGCCGCCGAAGACAGGAAGCCUGCGGGGAGUCCUUCUGAUCAACAGCUGCGGGAGCCCACCAGGCCACAUAUCAGUAUUGGGGCCCAGGGUCAGCGCCAACCUCCUUUCCCAGUAAAGUCUUUGGCUCCUGGGUCUCUGGCUGGGGGCCAGGAGCUGUCCUUUCCUGGCCUCUGCACCCAGGGUGCCCAGGAAAGCUGGAAAAACACCGGCAGGGCGGGAGCAUGGAGUCCUGCCCGCAUGAGUGGCUGCGUGCCCACCCCCAGACCCCAGCAGGCUCUGCACUCUGGCCCUAUGCCUCAUUCUCGGGGUUCAGGUCCUUGCUCUGCUGCUCAGCCAUGCAAGCACCCCAGUCACAUUCCUGUCCCUGUGAAACGGGGUUUCUAGGGGGGGCCCCUCCUGGAGCAGAAGGCGAUGACACCCAGGACCAUGCGCUGAG